ACGUUUGACGUUUAUCUCUCUUUUAUCCAACUUCAAAUAUAUUUUUGUAUCGAAUAUAGAAAAUCUGAUCUUAAAUUCGUGUAAACGAUUAGUUGACAUUCUUAACUGAAUUAUUUUCUAAUAGAGUAUACGAAACGAAGAAUUAUCGAUAAUAGAACAUUUUGUUCUAUAUAUAACGAUUCUUCGAUGAAACGAACGAAAAGGAUUAAUUCUGUUGAUAAUAAAAUUAAUCAUAAUGAAAAUGAUGUUUGUGAAACAGCUAUGGUUACAAAAACAGAACAGAAUCUGGUCGAAGUACUUCAGCAAAAGGAUAAGGAGAUUAAAAAAUCUAGAAUAAAUUUGAAAGUAUUACGAAAUGGAAAUGAUAAAUCUUUAGACACUAUUAAAUUAGAGGAUUUUGAGGGAAAAAAAGAAAUCAUAGAAAUACCUCAUACGGAUAAAAAUGUUACGAGGAAAAAAAUAAGAGCGGUAGUGGAUCUGAAAAUGAUGAAAGAAGAAUUAAAACAAUUAGAGGAUCCACCUGUUACACCUUGGGAAAAAGAAAUAUGUUCGUCUAGGCUUCCAUUCGAAUUUUAUAAUACACCUUGUGAACAACUUGCUCAACAUCUUUUAGGGAAAGUACUUGUACGUCGCUUAGAAAAUGGAACGAUAUUAAAAGGUAGAAUUGUAGAAACUGAAGGUUAUUUAGGUGCCGUCGAUAAAGCUUCUCAUUCUUAUCAAAAUAAAGUGACACCUCGCAACAUACCAAUGUAUAUGUCACCCGGCACAAUUUAUAUAUAUAUGACUUAUGGCAUGUACCAUUGCUUCAACAUAUCGAGUCAAGGUGAUGGCAGUGCAGUGCUGAUAAGAGCUCUUGAUCCUUUAGAAGGCAUUGAGUACAUGACUAAUCAGCGAAUCUUAAAAAAAAAAUCAAAUAUAUCCAAAGGAAUUAUUAAAGACUUCAAAGUACACGAAUUGUGUAAUGGGCCUUCAAAACUUUGUAUGUCUUUCCAGUUGCAUAAAAGUCAUAAUAAAUAUUCGCUGUGUACAUGGAAAGGUCUUUGGAUAGAAGAUGAUUCAUUUCAAGAAGAAAUCAAAAUUGUUAAGUGUGCAAGAAUUGGUAUUGAUAGUUGUGGUCCUGAAUGGUCCAGCAAACCCUUACGUUAUUAUAUUUAUGGAAAUAAAUCUGUUAGUAAACGUGAUAAAAAAGCAGAAGUAUAUAUAACAAAUACUUAGAAAACUAAUUAAUAAUAUAUGAAAAAUACGAAAUUAAUA